GCCUCGAGAAGCUGAUUCAAAGGAGCAACGCCAGUUCAUUGUCACAUAUAGAACUGCAUUUCCUAAGAUUUGACUUGGAUUAUCCUGCAGAAGACAAGAAGACGAGGAGCGCAUCAGAACAGCUUGAUACGCGUGGCUUUUGCAUGGUGAGAAAAAGGGUUGGACUGGUUUUGGAGAGCGUGAACUGAAUUUUCCAAGAAAAAAGACGAUUCUCCUAAGCAUCGAAUAAGACUAAUAUCUCCAGUCAGUGGUCUCCAAAGAAUGGAAAAGAGUCUUCCACCUGGAGCAGACGACAUUGUGAUGGCCACCCCACCAGUUUCAUUUCAGCCAGAGCCCCUGACACCCCCAAGGUCAAACCACUCUUCCUCCCUCAAGCCCAAUCAAGUUGGGCAAGUCCUCCUCUAUGGUGUGCCUAUCGUCUCACUGGUCAUUGACCACCAAGAGCGGUUAUGCCUGGCUCAGAUUUCCAACACCCUCUUGAAGAACUACAGCUACAACGAGAUACAUAACCGCCGUGUUGCUCUAGGCAUCACUUGUGUACAGUGUACACCGGUACAGCUAGAGAUUCUUCGCCGGGCUGGCGCCAUGCCCAUCUCAUCACGGCGCUGUGGCAUGAUCACCAAACGAGAAGCAGAGAGACUCUGCAAGUCUUUUCUGGGAGAGAAUGCACCACCCAAGCUGCCAGACAACUUUGCCUUUGACGUGAUGCAUGAAUGCGCUUGGGGCAGUCGAGGAAGUUUCAUCCCGGCGCGCUACAACAGCUCAAGGGCUAAAUGCAUCAAGUGCUCCUACUGUAAUAUGUACUUCUCCCCUAACAAAUUCAUCUUCCACUCUCACCGCACACCAGAGGCCAAGUACACGCAGCCAGAUGCCGCCAACUUCAAUUCCUGGCGUCGGCACCUUAAAUUGGCAGACAAAACCCCACAAGAGGAUCUGAUGUUUGCCUGGGAGGAUGUAAAAGCCAUGUUCAAUGGAGGAAGUCGCAAAAGGGCACUUCCUUCCUCUAACUGCCCGCCCAUGGGCCUGGGAAAGUCAGUCAGCUCGGUCCUACCCCACAUGAUUUCCCCGGACCUGACCCAGAAGAGAGGCAGGUACGAGGACGAUGAUGAUUUGGACACCAGCAGCCUCCCGCCCCGUAAAGCCCCCCGUAGUUACCCAGUAAUUCCGGUCCCCAGCAAAGGUUUCGGCAUGUUGCAGAAAUUCCCAACGACAUCCCUUUUCCCAAGCCCCUACACUUUUCCUGCAUUUGGCCUGUGCCCACAAAAGAAGGACGACAGUGAGGCCACCAACGGACAGAAAAACAGUGGCCUUUCUGGGCUUCUUUGGCCCGGGCGCAAGGAUGCUUUUUACCCACCUUUCUGCAUGUUCUGGCCCCCAAGGGCAACAGGGGGCAUUCCAGUACCCACUUACCUUCAACCUCAGCCCAACGCCCUUACCUCCCUCACAGAAAGCCCCUCUCUUAGACAAGCAUUUUUAGACUUGUCUGAACAAAGCGAUGCAGGGCCAGGCCUGGACAACAACCCCAGAUCCAGCCUGUUCGAGACCGACUGCCCACCCUCUGUCACCUCUGACUUGCGUCCUGCCUCAGAGGGCUGGCUAAAGCUGCUGGACGCUCCAUCGCUGCAAAUGCGCAAGGCUAGUUACCAUUCCGCCUUCCGUCCAGUGGUCAAAGACACAGAAAGCAUUGCCAAGCUCCACAGCAGCCUUGAGGACUUUGGCCCAGAGAGGCACCUUUCCCCCGGCACCAGCUGCAGCUACCAGAGUGACAGCGGCGAGAGCGACGAGGAGCAAGAGGUGGACGUGGAGACAAAACAGGAUGAAGAACAAACGGACCUCAGCGGCCGCACAGCACAGACGUCGCCACAGACACUGCAGCAGCCGUGCGGACUACACAUACGUGGACUCUCUGACAGCAGCACAGGGGAGCAGGUCAAAGAUCAAGCCUCAUUCCCAGCCAUUCCCACUGAGACCUCAGCAGAGGACAAACCCAGCCUCGCUGUCAGUCUGCCUGCCAUUCUAAAAGUCCCCAGCCCUGUUCACGGCUCACUGGAGGAAAGCAUUGCGUACAAAAAUGCUCACAAGAGCAGAGAUGAUGGGCUGCCGGCCUAUGCAACCAAAAACAAAACAGCCAUCUCAGAUGAGAACAAAGAACAAGGCAGUUUUUUCAUCGCAGAGACAGAAACAUCCACUCCAGAAUACUGGCGAGAGAAUCCAACAGAUCAUCAAAGUCAAGACCCAAACUCACCUGUUACUCUUAAGAAGGAUGUUGAGAACAUGGAAAAAGAGGAACUCCAGAAAGUUCUCCUCGAGCAGAUAGAUUUACGGAGGAGACUGGAGCAAGAGUUUCAUGCUCUGAAAGGCAGCUCUCCAUUCCCAGUUUUCCAUAACUUUCAGGACCAAAUGAAAAGAGAACUGGCUUACAGGGAAGAGAUGGUGCAACAGUUACAAAUGAUUCCCUAUGCAAACAUCAUUAGAAAAGAAAAGGUUGGAACACAUCUAAACAAAAGCUAAAUGGUUACAUCGUGUGAAAUGAAAUCAACAAUUCUGGCCCCACAGAGGUUAAAACCAUCCAGCUCUUUAUGAUUCAUUAAGCACAACAGAAGAAACCUGUUAAUGCACCACAAGCUGCAGCCACAUCAAGCAAUGUCCAUCUCGGCAAAUAAACCAAAUGACACAUCAAUCUACUGAUAUACAGUACAAUUUUAUGCAUCUACCAAUGAUUUAUUAUUUAUUUGUCAUAUGCCCUGUACAGUAACCCUAUUUUGGUUAUUUAUUCAUUUGAGUGUUAUUUAUGGUUUAUUUAAGUUUAUUAAUUGUUAAUAUAUUUACAUUUGUUUAAGUCAUUGUUUAUAUACUUAUGAAUUAACGUAUUUAUUGAUAACAAAAACUGUACAAUAAUAUUAGCUAUAGGUUGUAAAUGUACAAAAAUGAGGUUGUGGGGAAGGGGAUGCAUAAGAGCAAUCUGACUGUGUGUAAACCUAUCUUGUUUUGCUCGUUUAAACACAUCAUUGAUAUUGACAUUUACAAGAUAAAAAAUAAUUAACUGUUCAUGCAAAUGUAUUUAAAUAUGUUCUUGUAGUUUCUCUACUAUUUAUGUGGA